GGAAAGAAGGAGGAGGGCUCAAACGAUGGCGGAGUUCCGACAGGCCAAGCAUACCAUCAUUCUGGUGCAGUACACGCGCGAUCCGAACUCGCGCACGUAUCUGGACUUUGAGUCGGUGAACGGCGGCAUGGACGGCGUGGUCAAGAUGUACGAGGCCAAGCUCAAGCAGCUGAAUCCGAGCAUGAAGAAUAUUACGUACGAUAUUCAGGACCUGUACACGUACAUUGACUCGCUCACGGACCUCAGCGCGCUUGUGUUGGACCUCGAAACCAAGACGUAUCUGCCCUGUGGCAAGGAGUGGAUCAAGAAAAAAGUCUUCCAGGUGCUUAAGAACCAGGCCGGCUAACCUAUCCAUCGCUGAAUCCAAGUAAGACAAGACGGGCGCUGUAUUUGCCGUUAAUAUGACAUUACAAAACACUGAGAGCGCGGGA